AUGGAAGGAGGUGUACCAGAAGCUGAUAUGUCUGCCUUCAGAGAAUGUUUGUCUCUCUCGUGGAAGAAUCCUUAUGUUCUUCGCCUUGCUUUCUCUGCAGGAAUUGGAGGCCUUCUCUUUGGUUAUGACACUGGAGUUAUAUCUGGGGCUCUAUUGUACAUCAGAGAUGAUUUCAAGGCAGUUGAUAGAAAAACUUGGCUUCAGGAAGCCAUAGUGAGUACAGCAAUUGCUGGAGCAAUCAUAGGAGCUUCAGUAGGUGGAUGGAUCAACGAUCGAUUUGGAAGAAAGAAAGGAAUAGUUCUAGCAGAUGCCCUAUUUUUUAUUGGGUCUGUUAUCAUGGCUGCUUCCCCAGGCCCAGCUAUUCUCAUUCUGGGUAGAGUAUUUGUUGGCAUUGGGGUUGGAAUGGCUUCAAUGGCUUCCCCUCUCUACAUUUCAGAGGCUUCUCCAACUAGAGUAAGAGGAGCCCUUGUGAGCCUUAACAGUUUUCUCAUCACUGGGGGACAGUUCCUCUCCUAUCUCAUCAACUUGGCCUUCACCAAGACACCAGGAACAUGGAGGUGGAUGUUAGGGGUAGCAGCACUACCAGCUUUGAUACAAAUUGUACUAAUGUUGACACUCCCAGAAUCGCCUCGUUGGCUGUACCGCAAGGGUAAGGAAGAGGAAGCAAUAAGGAUUCUGAAAAGGAUUUACGCUGCCAACGAAGUUGAUGCUGAGAUUCAAGCUUUGAAGGAAUCUGUUGACAUGGAAAUUAAGGAAGCAGAAGCAUCUGAGAAGGUUAACAUAGUCAAGCUUUUGAGGACCACAGCUGUGAGAAGAGGUUUAUAUGCAGGAAUGGGACUCCUAAUCUUCCAACAGUUUGUGGGGAUUAACACUGUGAUGUACUACAGCCCCACAAUUGUUCAGUUAGCUGGUUUUGCAUCUAACAGAACAGCAUUGCUUCUGUCACUCAUCACUUCUGGCCUCAAUGCAUUUGGUUCAAUUUUGAGCAUAUACUUCAUUGACAAGGCUGGCAGGAGAAGGCUUGCACUGAUCAGUUUGACUGGAGUUGUGUUCUCUCUGGCCAUCCUAACUGUUGCUUUUCGUGAAAGCGAAAUUCACUCUCCAAUGGUUAGUGCUAUUGAAAGCUCUCAUUUCAAUGGAACUUGCCCUGAUUACAAAACAGCUGUGAACCCUGGUGAAUGGAGUUGCAUGACAUGCCUUAAGGCUUCACCAUCUUGUGGCUUUUGUGCUGCUGAUGACAAGCUCUUACCUGGGGCAUGUUUGAUCUCAAAUGACUCCACAAAGAAGUCAUGUGGCGAUGAUCACAGAGCAUGGUACACUAGGGGGUGUCCUAGCAAAUAUGGUUGGGCUGCUCUAAUAGGCCUUGCUCUUUACAUCAUUUUCUUUUCACCAGGGAUGGGAACUGUUCCAUGGGUUGUGAACUCUGAGAUCUAUCCCUUGAGAUACAGAGGAGUUUGUGGAGGAAUAGCAUCCACAACAGUUUGGAUUUCCAACCUUAUUGUUUCUGAAUCCUUUUUGUCCCUAACAGAAGCUAUUGGGACAGCAUGGACAUUCAUGUUGUUUGGAAUUGUGGCCAUUGCGGCAAUUUUCUUUGUCAUUAUUUUUGUUCCUGAGACCAAAGGGGUGCCAAUGGAGGAAGUAGAGAAGAUGCUGGAACAAAGGGGUGUGCAAUUCAGGUUUUGGCAGAAGAGAGAUUCUGGCUCUGAUGAGAAGCACUGACUCAAAGGGAAAAACCAUGGUUUGAGUCAUGUUUAGCUUUUAAUAGCUCUAAAUGGUGAAAUUAUGUGGCUUGUGAAAUGUCAAGUAUGGGUAUUUGAUAAAUGGGUUUCUUUGGGUAAGAUUUGCUUAUAGUUAGCCUUUUAGCCCCUAAUGUGUAGCUCAUUAGUUGGAUUGCUGGAAAUCUUUGUGAAAUCCGUGGUGAACUCAAAAUCAUGGAUUGAUAAUACGCUUUUAUUUAUGAAAUAAUAUAAAAAAAAUAUAUAUUAAA